CACCGACAUGCAUAUGUAUGACAAGGUAAAUGCUCCUACUUUUUUAUGAUUGUGGGAUAAUUUGCAAGCUAUUGUCAGUGUGUGUGAGUAUAUUCCUAGUGUAAACAUAGUUUAAAAUGUUAGGUUUAGUGAUGAUGAACAAAAAAAUAGUGUUCAUGUUGUGGUGGCUGACAAGCUUUAUGUUGCUUAGGACCUCCGCGCAAUUAAACAUCCCUCAACAAGUAAAUUAUCCUCAACGAUCAAAUGUCCCACAGCAAGUGAAUAUUCCGCUGUCUCCUCAGUUUGCUCCCAAUGUUUAUUUUGUAAAUAAUAGUAAUUUUAACAACAGAAAUUUUAUUAAUAACAAUAGACCAUAUGAUUUUGACUUUGCCGGUAGAGGAAAUGCGGAAAUUUUUGAUAUUUUGCAAAAAAUAGACUUGGAGUCCACAGAAAGGUGCACUAUGAAUGUUGCGGCCCAGUGGAAUUUUGAGACUAAUGUUAAUGUUGAAACACAGAGUGAAGUACUUCACGCCCAAAAUCUGUAUUCAGAAUACCAACAUGAUUUAUGGAAAUACUUGGAAACACUUGGCAUAUCCAAUAGAAAUUUAAAUUUUGAUACCUAUAGACAACUACGAUAUUUAUCAAUAGUAGGACCUUCUGCCUUAAAUCCAGAGCAACUGGAUCGUUACAAUCGCCUUAUCAACGAUAUGCUUUCAAUAUAUAACACGGCUUCAAUUUGCUCUUAUAACGAUCCUCUACAUUGCGGAAUGAGGCUUCAGCCGGAAUUGACAGAAAUUAUGGCCAAAAGUAGAAAUUGGGAAGAACUUCAACACGUGUGGACAGAAUGGAGAAGAAAUUCGGGAAGAAAAAUGAAGGAUACUUUCGAACAACUAGCGUUUUUAUCAAACGAGGCUGCACAAAAAAAUAAUUUCAGUGACACCAGUGAAUUUUGGAAUUUCUCAUUCGAUCCAUCGACAGAUUUUUUCGAGGAAGUUUGGGAAGAGAUAAAACCUCUAUACGAAUUGCUGCACGCGUACGUUCGCCGUCGUCUCCGGGAUUUUUACGGUCCAGAUAAAAUUAGCAGCCAGGCACCGCUGCCUGCUCAUAUAUUGGGAAACAUGUGGGCGCAAUCUUGGACAAAUAUUCUGGAGAUAACACAGCCAUAUCCCGGACAAAAUUAUAUCGAUGUCACACAUGAAAUGAAUAGACAGGGUUAUGCCCCAGAAGAUCUAUUUAGACUAGCAGAAGAUUUUUUUCUCUCGAUUAAUAUGAGUGCAAUGCCCCUAGAGUUUUGGAAAGAGUCUAUUUUUGAAGAGCCAUUGGAUAGAGUGGUGGUCUGUCCUCCAUCUGCCUGGGAUUUCUGUAAUGGAAGAGAUUAUAGGAUUAAAAUGUGUUCCAAAAUAACAAUGAGGGAUUUAAUUAGCGCACAUCAUGAAGUUUCUCAUAUCCAAUACUUUAUGUCGUACAAACACCAGCCAAAAAUAUUUAGAGAUGGUGCUAAUCCAGCAUUUCACGAAGCCAUUGGUGAAGCAAUUGGAUUAUCCGUCAUUACACCGAGUCAUUUACAAAGUCUUGGAUUAAUACAAAAUUCCGUAGAAAACACAGCAGUCGACAUUAACUUCCUCUACUCGAUUGCACUGGAAAAGUUGGCUUUUUUGCCUUUUGCCUACGUAAUGGAUAAAUGGAGAAAAGACGUGUUUAAAGGCGUAAUUAAUAAAAACCAAUACAACUGUCAUUGGUGGAUACUAAGUGAACAAUACAUGGGAAUAAAACCACCAGUUUUACGUUCGGAGUUGGAUUUUGAUCCUGGUUCCAAAUAUCAUGUACCAGCAAAUAUUCCUUAUAUAAGAUACUUUGUCAGUACCGUAUUACAAUUUCAAAUUUACCGGUCAAUGUGCAGAGCUUCUGGUCAAUAUCUUCCAGGGGAUUCCAUUAGACCUUUACACAAAUGCGAUGUAUAUAAUCACAAGGAAGCCGGAAACAUUUUAAAAAGCAUCAUGGAAAAAGGAGCAUCAAUGCCUUGGAGGGAAGUUCUUUUUCAAGCCACAGGUGAAAGCCGCCUUGAUGGCAGCGCGAUGAGAGAAUAUUUUCAACCACUCGAAGAAUGGCUUAGAAAUGAAAACCUAAGGACCCGAGAAUACGUCGGUUGGCUAUACGAUGGGGAUUAUUGCAAGCAGAGUAUAGAAACUGCUGGUUUGCAAGUUUUUGGAGGGUUUUAUAACAGAUCUGAUAGACAAAAAUAUAGCAUUUUAAAUGUAUUAAGUUUGGCUGUUUUGUCUUUAAUGUAUAAAUUAUAGAUUCAAUAACAUCAUUAAAAUAUAAAGGCAAACAGCAACAGUGUUUCGUAUGUAUUUAGAUUUCUUUAUAAAGGGUAUCCUGAAAAUAGUGCACUGUCCGCUAUACCUAAUAGGGGAGAGAAUAUAAAAAACUGUUUUAGUGAACAAAUAUAAAGGUUUUUAUCCCAAGAAACAUUUUAUAAAAACGAGGUAUUUGCCCAUUUCUCACAAUAUGGGUAUACACCUUAAGUCCUACUUAUUUUUUUUUGAAAAUAGAAUCAUGUUUAAAACCCUUUUAUACAGAGCAUUUACAAGUGAGAGGUGCGAAAACUGCAUGUUACAUAUCGUCCUAAUCAUCUCAUAUUUAACAUUUUAAACAUUAAAAGUUUUAAGCUGCUUUGUAAAGUUGUUAAAUAUGAUAUAUUGGGACGAUAUUUGUAGACCAUCAUUUUCACACUCUUAAUAAAGCAAAACCUACACCUUAUUAUUUGCAACAUUUUAAUAUUGUUAUUAUUCUUUGUUGACUUAUAUACAUUGCUUUUUAUAAUACUUAAAUUUAAAAAAACACAAUUUUGUAGUAAUCCGAUGGCUAUAAAUGUAUUGUAGUGUAAAUUGGCACUGUCUAUGUUGGUUUUUAGGUUAAGUUCUCUGACAAGCACGCCUGUGAUUGGCUACUUUAUUUAGUAUUGUAGUUAAUUAAUUAGGCUUGCGCCAGAUCCAA